GCAGGUAUGUGGGUAAGGGCAGUAAAAGCGUUACUGUAUCAGAGUUACAGUGCUUACGAUGUUACCAGCAAGUUACAGUCUCAUCAUUUGGAUUGUCUGCAGCAACUUUCUACCCUGUAAAGUCCGUGGAAUGGAAUAUUAUGUGGCAGCUGUCUAUGAACACCAUGUGUUCCUGAAUCCCAAUUCUACAGCUCUGUCUGACCGUAACUCUGCGUUAGAGUUUAUGUCCAAAAAUCUAGAUAUUUAUGAAAAACAAGUGAAGACUGCUGCAAAAAAAGGAGCCCAGAUUAUUGUCUUUCCGGAAGAUGGGAUACAUGGAUUUAACUAUACGAGACAAUCUAUUUACCCCUACUUGGACUAUGUUCCUCCUCCACAUUUACUGCCAUGGAAUCCAUGUCUGGAGCCUCACAAGUUCCCUGAUACAGAGGUUCUGCAGCGACUGAGCUGUAUGGCAGAAGAGGGCAGAAUGUAUCUGAUUGCCAACUUAGGAACCAAGAUGCCUUGUCAGCCUCUGAUCGCUCAGUGUCCAUCAGACGGAAGAUUCCAGUUUAAUACAAACGUUGUGUUUGAUGACAAAGGCACGCUGGUAGCCACUUACUUCAAACAAAAUUUGUACUUCGAAUUUGGUUUUGACACACCUCAUGAGGUCCAGCAUGUAGUAUUUGAUACACCUUUUGCCAACAAAUUUGCCCUGUUUACAUGCUUUGAUAUUCUCUUCCACGAGCCCACGGUGAGUCUGGUCGAGAAGUAUAAGGUGAAGCACGUGUUGUAUCCGACAGCAUGGAUGAAUCAAUUACCACUCUUGUCAGCCAUUCAGAUACAAAGAGGCUUUGCAACAGCCUUCAACAUUAAUGUGUUGGCAGCAAACAUUCACCACACAACUCUUGGUAUGACUGGCAGUGGGAUAUUUAGUCCUUCAACGUCUUCAUAUCACUAUGACAUGACAAAUGAACAUGGGACACUUAUUAUAGCAAAGGUACCUGUGGAGCCAUCCGAGGAUGCUUCCUCAUACCAUGAUGACCAGAAUUUAUUGUUGAACAUUGAGAUGGGUCCAACCAUUCUACUAAAUGAGCUUCAACAUUCACAGGUUUGUGAAAAAGAUGAGAGAUCGGUUCUCUGUAAGUCAUCUGUGACAACUAAGCAGAUGCCAACUUCUUUCUUCUACUCUGAGAUGAUGUAUGAUAAUUUCACUUUCACUCCACUCACAUCGAGUGAAGGGAUUGCAGAAGUAUGCGCCGGAACCCUAUGCUGCUUUUUAAACUACAGGAAAGCCAUUUUAUCUGAUGAGUUUUAUGCUCUGGGUGUGUUUGAUGGGCUUCACACAGUACAUGGAACAUACUCUUUACAGAUAUGUGCAUUGGUAAAAUGUGGUGGUCUGGAGCCCCAAACCUGUGGACAUGAAGUAACUGAUGCCGAAAGUGUCAUACAGUUCGAACUGCGGGGGAAUUUCACCACUAGGCACAUAUUUCCUUUGUUGCUAACAUCAGGUGUAACAUUACAAUUACCUGACUCCUGGGGCUGGAAAAGCAAUUACUGCUAUAUGAAUGCAAGCAACGUGUCAUCUGGCUUAGUGACUGCUGCUUUGUAUGGCAGGUACUACGACCGGGACUAACAACAAUCAAGUCAUUUGUAAAGUGAGCACCCUUGGUUGCAACGGAAAGUUUAUCCUCGGGACAACUGCUAGAGAUGUCCUGUAGAAGUUGAGAGUUCUUCAACUUCAUUGGUUUAUAAUAAAAUUGUAUCAUAUUUUGAGUAAAUAUGUCCUUAAUUAGUAUGAGAAUAAUUAGGUUAAAAAUAACACUGGAGAUGUCUGCCGCUCUUGAAGAUGGAGGAGAGUGCUUCAGAACUACAUCUAAUAGUUAUAGUAUGUGUAGGCAAAAAUUAUAAUUAGAAAUAGUUUGCAGCCAAACAACAUAAAUUUGAUAAUUAUCAAUUAAUGGUGAAUAUAGUUGUUAUAAUAAUAUAAUAAUGAUGUGCGUAAGUGUAGGCACUUCAAGUCAUUGGAAAGUAAGUAACCUACGCAAUUAACAUUAAUAGUACAAGCAACCUACCUAUCUUCUGUGUUAAGAUGUUUUGGAAUAAAAUAUUUGCACUGAC